GGUGUCGACUGUGUUGUAAAACUCGCAUUUCCAGGUGGCUUCGAAAUCUCUCUUCAAAACCUUCGCAAAACGCCUUUUUCACUCUCUUUCCAGUCGACAGAUCCCUCUCUCUCUCCUAAAAUCACAUUUUUUUUCCUGUGCGUUUGUACGAUACCGUUCGAUUUUCAAUUUCUCUGUCUAGGGUUUUUGUUUAUCCAACCUCAAUAUAAAUUCCUCUCCGAUUAUCUGCUCUUUGAUUUCUCAAUUCUCUCCUCUGGGUUCCUCCCUUUUUCUCUGUGACUACAAAAAACCAGACACUUGCCCUUUGUUUGGUUCUUGAAUUCUCUGAAUUAGGUUUCAAUCUAUGCGAUCGAAGGGCCUUACCCAGUUUUCAGCACAGAAUUGCAAGGUAGAGUGAAAGAGGAAGACCGAUUUCGGUGCGGUUGUUCCUCUUUCUUCGAUAGUAAGCGUAUCCCAGUUAGAGGGUGGACAUGAGGAACUGGCUAGGACUCCCCGUAAGGGAUUGGUCACAGUUGCCUGACGAUUUACUCCUACUGAUUUUGAGCCGAACCAAUGCCGUAGAGGACUUGAUUGUCUUCUCCGCUGUCUGUCGUUCUUGGCGAUUCGUUGCAGUUAAAGAGUUCUCGACUCGACGCAUCCAGCUUCCGUGGUUGAUGCUGGGUGAAAACCAUGGUUCCGAAACAAGAGGGUUCUUUAGCUUUUAUAGCAGCAAGCAUUACAAUGUAAUGUUACCAAACAUGAGCGGUAGGCGGAUCUGGGGGUCUCAAUAUGGGUGGUUGUUGGUUCUAGAAUUCAACAGGCAAUUUUUCCUUUUCAACCCUGUUACCCGAGUUCGGCUCGAUUUGCCACCUAAGCCCAUCUUUAAGGGUGAAUUCGAUCACGAUGAUCGACAAAAUCAUGCGGCUUCGGUUCCUGGAUUUGUUCGGAAAGCUUUUGUGCUGAGAUAUGCGUCUGGGUCAGGGUCAGGGUCCAGGCCGGGGUCGAGCACGAAUCAUGAUCGAUUCUUGGUUGUCGCAGUGGGAAACGUGUCGGGUAAUUUGGCUUUUGCAAAACCAGGAGGCAGGAAUUGGAUUCAAAUAAGGACUCCGUUUGGUCGCAUUGAGUCGGCCGCAUGGUGUAACGACCGACUGUUCGCGAUUAUGGAUACGGGUAAUCUUCUGAGUUGUGAAAUUUUUGAUGACUCGUCUUCCGGCACGUAUGAAGCUAAGGAGUUUGCAGUAGAGCUAGAUCCUGUACCGGCGUGGAAUAAUAGCAGUCUGGUGGAAUCCUCUGGUGAUCUCUUUUUGGUGGUACGAUUCUUCAGUGGCGAAAACAGUAAGAAUUGGCACAAGACGAAGUAUUUCGAGGUUUACAAGUUGGAUUUCGAGGCCAAGGAGUGGGCGAAAGUGCAGGAAUUGGGCGAUCGGGCGUUGUUCAUUGACGGCGACAAUUAUGCCAUGUCUCUGAGCGCGUCAGAAGUCAAAGAAUGCAAAGGCAGUUGUAUCUACUUCGUUGAGAAAUACUGGGACAAGUGGGGAAGAUACUUGGGGAGCAACGAUGUGGGCAUUUUCAGCGUGGUUGAUCGGUUAAUUAUACCUCACUUCGUCAGUGAUGCUUUCAGUUCGUGCGCUGUUCGCCCAAAUCCAAUCUGGGUAAUGCCGAGUUUGUGUUAGAAAUUCGCUCGUGCCGUCGUUCUCUCAAAAUCAUUUUGAACUCUGUUGUUUGUGUUGUUAAAGUUGGACAAAGUGUUGUGCUGUUUAUGGACACACUGUAACUUCUGGGGCUUGGAAAUACUUUCCAGCUCCACAUUUUCGUUUCUUUUGAGGAUGUUGAACUUACAGACUACAGUUGCUUAUUUAUACAAUUUUUUAGUUGUACCGGAA